AUAUUCCUUUCAUUCGAAACUAUUAAAUAUCUAAUAUUGUUAUCAUAUGGUUUAUUUAGAGCAUAACCUGAGCUGUCGUUAGCUGUUGGUAAGAUGCGACUUUCUUUCGCUAUGGUCACUAACGUAACACAAUGAAUACGAGACAAAUACAAUGACGAUUAUCAAAUCUUUCAAACAAUGCUUUUGAUGCAACAUGCACAACUUAUAAAUAUAAGAGGAAUUGCAGUAAGAAACAUUUCAUAUUCGCAUGAAAUGGUAACAGUAUUAAGAUGAAAAACGUUGAAAUUUUAAUAUGGAUGUGUGUGUCGAUUUUUGUGGUAAAAGCACAAGAAAAUGUUACAUCGAUCGUGAGUGCCAAACUAACAGUUUUGGAUGAAAGUGUUACACCUAAUUCGAAAUCUCAUGAUUUAAUUAAAGUGCAACCGGUGCAGGCCGAAAGCCGAUCAUCCACUCUACUUUCAAAUCGCACCUUAUUAUCUAGAAACUCAUCAUCAAGCCCGAACAAGAAAUUUGAUAACUUCAGGCCUAGUCAGCAACUGGAGACUUAUUACGAAUAUAACCGUUUUCCGGUCCCACCUGCUCUCCCGGAAGCGAAGUACUACCCCGGAAUAAGCAUCGAUGAUAAACCUUCCAGAUUUGAACACCGACCGUGGCCCGAAAAGGCUAGCAUUUUACAAUUACCAUCUACCACCACUCGCACAUUCAAUAACGGUAACAAGAUCAAAUUUCCCACAACAACCCAAAGUUCAUACCAAACGAUCAACGAACAACACCCCUACCCGUAUUUGACAAGCCUGAAUUACUUGGAAACGACCUCCAAAAGCCCCUUCCCAUAUCUAGGUCCAAUAUCAACACAGAAAACUCCAAAUUACGAAAACCAACAAGGCUACUCCAAAUAUGGAGGCACAGGAGUAGGCAACACAUUGAGCGGAGGCGACCUCUUCAACCACAAAGACGUUUUCUACGGCCACAAUCCUCCGGAUUUGAGCGCGACUGGUUACGGCGGACACCCCGUUGCGCACAAGACCCAUUUUGAUCAACAGCAAGUAGUGAUUCCGGCAGAACCUCCAAUGAUUCCAUCGCCUUGGAAGAAAGUAAUCGGAUUUUUAACCGCCAUAAUUCCGUUGGGGUUGUUAAUCAGCGCGCUAACGCCGUCUUUUAUUAACGUAAAUCCGAUUAACAAUACAGAACUACGAGGACGGGCGAACGAUCGAAGGUCGACAAAGGAUUUAAUACAAUCAUUGCACUACAUCAAUGCGUUGGACUCUUCGGCGUGUGAAGAGAGGGUGAUAUGUGAAAUAUUAUUGAAGUCUGGUUCGACGUCGGCCGAUACAAAUGCGGAGAGGCUGCUAAGAAUCAUUUCAGAACAAGACAAGAAUAUAUUAAUAAAUCAUAUGGAUGAAGUUAGGGCCGUACUGGAUGCUGUCAAAUUGAAGAACUGCAAUUUAUUAGAAUGCAAGAAUGGUAAUGGUACCAGACAAUACGAUAUAAAAAAAGAACGAAAGCUGUUUUAGAGUGUGUGAUU